AUGAACAGGUAUUGGCACUACCCGCUGCAAUGCAACGGUAUGAACGUUCACGACCCCUGGUAUACUGCCCCUGACGGGUUCGAGUCCGCGAAACCAGGGGACGUUUUACGAAUCCGCGAAGCCCCAGGAAAUCUUACGUCGCUCGCUAGUAACUGUUCCGCUGCAUACAACAUUCUCUACCGGACGACAAACAGUCAAUACAAGCCCGACUGGGCGGUCACCACUGUAUUUGUCCCGGUAACCGAGUCUCCCGCUCUCCUCUCCUAUCAAAUCCCGUACGACUCGGCCUGGCUUGAUGCAAGUCCCAGCUACGCUUUCUAUACCAGCGAUGGUGUCAGAUCGCUCCGUGACAUCAGCACAGGGCUGUCAUCAGGCUGGUUUGUGAACGUUCCGGAUUAUGAGGGGCCGCUGGCCAGCUUCACCGCGGGGGUCCAGUCCGGGCAUGCGACCAUCGAUUCCAUACGCGCAGCUUUCAACGCCAACGAAACGCUCGGUUUGGAUGUUGAUGCUCGGUAUGCAAUGUGGGGGUAUUCUGGAGGAGCUUUGGCGAGCGAGUGGGCGGCUGAAUUGGCGGUCCAGUAUGCUCCAGAGAUGAACUUCAGCGGUGCUGCCGUCGGAGGCUUGACACCUAACGUGACGAGCGUUUUGUAUACUAUCAACAAGGGCUAUGCCGUUGGACUGGCUCCGUCUUCAAUACUCGGGUUGUCCAGUCAAUACCCUGAGGAAAGAGAGUUCUUACUCUCAAGGCUGAAAACUGAGGGCCCUUACAACGCAACAAGAUUUCUGGCCGCGCUCAACUACACGUUGAAUCAGGCAGCCAUUGCAUAUGCCUAUCAGGACAUGGGUGAAUACUUCACUGGAGGCAUCGCCGAUAUCACAAGCCCUAUAGUAUUGGAAAUCAUCAAUCGCGACGGUAUCAUGGGCUACCACGGUGUGCCUGAGAUGCCCAUAUUCGCUUAUAAGGCUAUCGGAGACGAGAUCAGUGUCAUUGAAGAUACGGAUGAAUUAGUGGAUAAGUACUGCAACAGUAAGGCCAAACCUACCCUGUGCUAUGCAUCUCAGUGUUUGAGGAAAGGAGCUCUGCUGAUAUGUGUGUGGACAGUUGGAGCCAACAUCCUAUAUCAGCGCAACACCGUCGGCGCUCACUCCUCAGAAGCCGUCAACGGCCGACCCGCGGCAUUGGCCUGGCUCAGUAGUGUUUUGGGAGGCACAUACGCUGAUGACUAUCCUGCGUCGGGCUGUACCACGGAGACAGUGACCAUCGAUCUUACAAACACGUCGGCCAGCCGGAGAAGUCUCCAGGACAAGCCGGUUUGGUCAUGGAUAGAUGCCGCGUAA